UAAUACUAUCAUUGUCAUUGUACGCAUAUAAUAUCCUGCAAUAUAGGAUAUGUAGGCAUUCUAGCAUCGCUGUGAUUUUACUUGCGUCCCAUUUUGACCUUCAGAGUUCAGCUGGCUGCUUGAAAGGUGAAAUCUGAAAGCUUUAGCAAUUCAUGAAGAACCUGACUACUUGCCAACAAAAAAUCAAGCAUGGUUAGAAAGAAAUCGAGUGCCGAACCAGCCUUAGAAAAACCGUGGUUGGAAGCGAAAAGGGUACUGCUGGAAGGGAUGCGUGUAGCUGGGAGGGAGAGAAUGAAGGAGCACUACGAACCCCAACGGGCACAUGUUGCCGAGAUGAUAAGGCGAACGGCGACGGCAGGUGAGAGCAACUCUGCGCUGCUGAUAGGGUCCCGCGGCUGCGGCAAGACUACCUUGCUCGAGAUGGUGUUAGAAGAGCUAUUUCGGGAUAAGCACGUGCGAGACAACCUACAGCGGGUGAAUCUCAAUGGAAAGAUUGCACAGUCUUCAUUUGGUAACCGCGUCGUUGGCGAGAUCGUGGUUGAUAAACCCACCGCGACAGACGGAUGA